AAGACGUCAUGAAAAGUGUGGAAAAUUUUAUUGCACUACUGGAGCUGACAUCCGUUAUAACAACGGUUUUGCAGUAUCUUUCCGGAGCCAUCAUCUGCCGUAAAUAUAUUAGCAAGAAAAGUACUGGAGAUUCUUCGGGGUUUCCAUUUAUCUGCGGUUUCCUAUCCUGUAGCUAUUGGGUACUCUAUGGCAUGCUAAGCAAUGAACACACAGUGGUAUUGGUUAAUUGCAUUGGUGUUACAUUAUUUUUAAUUUAUACACUAAUCUAUUAUGUAUUUACUGUAAAUAAAAAUGCCUAUGUAAAAAUGUUCCUGUUUGUGCUGACAGCAUUAUGUGGCAUUGCAUUCUAUAUAAAUACAAUACCAGAAAUUCAGCAUGCUCAAAAUUUUAUGGGCAUUGUUUGCUGUAUCGUCACGGUAACAUUCUUUGCUGCACCUCUGGCAAAUCUCUUACAUGUGAUACGAGUUAAGAACUCAGAAAGUAUGCCUUUUCCAUUGAUUAUUAUGUCAUUUUUAGUAUCGGUACAGUGGCUCAUAUAUGGUGUUAUUAUAUCCGAUACAUUUAUACAGAUACCAAAUUUCUUGGGCUGUAUUCUAUCCCUAAUGCAAUUGGGUCUAUUUGUGUGUUAUCCCCCCAAGAGUUUUGCUGGGCAAGGCUAUAAAUUGGUGGAUCAAUCUGUGGUAUUUUAAAAUAAAUA